AUGCCCAUCUUGGGACUGGGGACCUGGCAGUCUCUCCAAGGAACAGCGAGAGACGCAGUGAAGUUUGCCAUUGACGUUGGGUCCCGCCACUUGGAUUGUGCCUACCCGUACCAGAAUGAGAUCAGGGAUGUACUACGAGAAAAAAUUGAGGUGAGGGUUGCGAGGCGAGAAGGCCUCUUUACUGUCAGCAAGGCUUUGUGUUACCCCCACGACUUGUGGUCCACCUUCCACGAGAGAUCCCCGGUGAAGGAGGCAUGCCAGAGAACACUUGCUGCCCUCCAACUGGAUUGUUUGGAUCUCUACCUGAUGCACGGGCCCACGGGAUUCGAGGGAGGAGAGGAGCUAUUUCUUGCAGAUGGAAAUGGCAGGAUCACUCCUAGCAAUACAGAUUUUCUGGAUACAUGGAAGGCUAUGGAAGAGCUGGUGGAUGCGGGAAUGGUGAAGGCCAUUGGAGUCUCCAACUUCAACCGCAAACAGAUAGAUCGGCUCUUGAGCAAACCAGACUUAAGACACAAACCCGCAAAUAAUCGGGUAAAGGCACCACCCCGUCUUCCUCAGGAAGAGCUGAUUAAGUUUUGCCAAUCCAAAGGGAUCUCUGUCACUGCAUAUUGUGCCCUUGGAGCGCCCAACAAAUCCAAGCAUGAGGAUAUUUCCCUUUUUGAUGAUCCCCAAAUUAAAGAAAUAGCACUCAAGUACAACAAAACCCCAGCUCAUGUGCUUAUCUAUCUCCAGAUUCAAAGAAAUGCGAGUGUAAUUCCCAAAUCUGUCAGUCCACACCAUAUUAAGGAAAAUUUUAAGGUGUUUGACUUUGAAUUGGCUAAAGAGGAGAUGGAAACCUUCCUUGCUUUCAAGAAGCGGUAUCGCAUCUGUGCAUUAAGUGAAUGCAAAAAUCACAAGGACUAUCCUUUUUUUGGAAGACUAACAGGCAUCAUCUUCAGAUUCUCCAGAGAUCAGGACCAUAUAUCAUUGUUUCAAGCAAUCUGUAAUACUUCACGUGUAUUAAAUCACAACACACGCAGUUUGGCAAAGACAAUCUACUAG